CGACUUGGUGACCUAGACCAAAUAUUGAAAUAUAAUGGGUCCCUGGAUAAACGAGGCAUGUUUAUAAGGAACUGCCCAGUAGUUCGCUAAGUAAUGAAGUUGAAGUAUUAAUGUAAACACGCAAUAAAUAUAACAGAAAUCAUAAACACAGAUUAAGGUAGACUCGAAUUGAAGUUCAAAACAUAUAUUGUAGACUAUAUGUUUGUGUCGUUUAUGUAAGUACUGAAAUGGGAGAAUUGAUUGUUAAUGAGCUUCCUAAAUGGAUUGUUGUAAGUCUGUGGUUGAUAAUUAAUGUGGCUAUUUUCCUGGCAACUUUUUUCUCCUACCAAAGCAGUGCAGAAUACUUUUACUUGAGACUUAUAGUUGGGAAUGCAUUAUGUGUAGCAAGAGCUAGUGCCGCAUGUCUUAAUUUUAACUGUUUGCUAGUGUUGUUACCAGUCUGUAGAAAUUUUGUGGGUUUUAUUAAAGGAGCAUGCGUGAGGUGUCACAGAGUUCGUCGUCAAUUCGAUAGGCAAAUAACAUAUCAUAAAUAUACAGCUUAUAUGAUAUGCCUUCAAACAGCUAUACAUAUAUCAGCACAUUGUUUUGAUUUUGAGCGCAUGAUUACAGCCUAUGAUAACCCUGACAAAUCUAUACAAGCUGUUAGUAAUUUACCUACUACACCCAAUGGAACAUGGGUUAAUCCCGUCAGAAAUCCAAGCACAGAUGCUACAAGAGAAGCAGUUAGCACUGUAUCCGGUGUUUCUGGUAUCAUCAUAACUUUAUGUUUGAUACUUAUAUUAUCUUCAUCAGCAGAAACAAUAAGACAAUGGUAUUUUGAACUGUUCUGGUAUAUGCAUCAUUUAUUUAUUAUAUUUUUUAUUGGUCUUGGUAUACAUGGAAUACAACAAAUUAUACACAAACAAACCAAUAUAUCUAGUCAUAAUCCAGAGAACUGUUAUAAAAAAUUUGAUCAGUGGGAUUCCAUCAAGGAGUGUCCAAUACCACAGUUUUCCGGCUCUCCACCUCAGUCAUGGAUAUGGAUUUUAAUACCAGUCAUAAUAUUCAUAAUAGAGAGAAUAGUUAGAUUUGUAAGAUCAUUCCAGAAAGUAGUCAUUACCAAGGUUGUUAAGCACCCGUCCAAUGUUUAUGAACUACAGAUGCAAAAGAAGGGUUUUUAUGCGGAACCAGGCCAAUAUGUGUUUCUACAUUGCCCAAGUAUAUCUCAGCUGGAAUGGCAUCCCUUUACACUAACAUCAGCUCCUGGAGAAGACCAUAUCUCAGUUCAUAUCAGACGGGCUGGUGAUUGGACAGAAGAAUUAGCCAAAAAAUGUCAUGUGGAUGAAGAGGAAUUCCAGGAGGCAUGGAAGUUACCAAAGAUAGCAAUUGAUGGACCAUACGGCACAGCAACAGAGGAUUUCUUCCGUUUUGAUAUCGCUGUUCUAAUUGCAUCUGGAAUAGGUGUCACACCAUUUGCCUCUGUCUUAAGGUAUAUAUCACAUAAAUACUCAAACAAAAGAAAUGAACUUCAGCUAAAGAAUGUUCAUCUUUACUGGGUUUGCCCAAGUACCAGUUCUUUUGAAUGGUUACAAGAUUUACUGAUUUCUUUAGAGAUGCAAAUGGCCCAGAUAGGAAAAGCUGAUUUUCUUACACAUAAUAUAUACCUAACAUCAGGCUGGGACUUUGACCAGGCCAAAAAUAUUUUUUUGCAUGACAACAGUGAAAGAGAUGUAGUUACUGGUCUUCAACAGAAAACACAUUAUGGUAGACCACAGUGGAACAAAGUGUUCAGUGAUUUAGCCAAUGCUCAUAAAGGAAUGAAGAUAGGUGUCUUUUUUUGUGGAUCAAAAGAAUUAUCAACUAAACUACAUAGACAUUGUAACGAAAAUUCGUCGGAGUCAACAGGGACAAGAUUUUAUUAUAACAAAGAAAACUUUUAAUUACAAUCAAUAUAUUCUUUCUAACAAAUGUAGAAAUAAACAUACUUGAAAUUAAAAAAAAUAUACAGUACUUAAGGAAACAGACAGGCAGCAAUUUGUUGAGUAUUGUGUUUGUCAAAUUGGAUUAAUGUUAGUCUUCUGUGUAGCUUUAGUGUGGUACAUCGUAACAUAUAUAAGGGAUUAUUUUGUGUUUGGUUUCAUAAUAAUACUUAAUACUAACCAGGUUUUUUUUUUAUGCACCCAUACUUUAAUUACUGGGUAUCUAAUAUGUCUAUCAGCCGUUUUUGUGCCAUAGAUGGACAUGAUUUUUCUGUUGGCUGUAUUAGUAGUAAUGUGUGUGAUGCAUGAGACAGGGUGUGCUUACCUCUUCCCAGAACACCUGAUUUCAACUGUUUGUUGUACCAUUGUAUUGCUUAUAUGACAAAAUGUUUUAUUAAAAUUUGUGUUACUAUUGAAUGUAGGUAGAUAUUCUAAUACUUAUUUUUAUUGGUUGGUUUUUAUUACGAAAGAUUUUCACAUUAUUUUUUGCAUUUUGCAUGUUACCUAUAGUUAAAUUACUUUUAAUAAUUUUGCUUGUCUUGUUUCUUGCUUAAAAAUAUAUUUACCUAGCUGUGGUUUAUUAUUUAUUGUUUUUUGGGUAUAGACUCCAGAAUUGGUCCCGUUAGUGCUGGUCACUUGACCCUUCCCAAUAUAUGAAAUGCUUAUACACCUAUUCUGUUGAAUAUAAUAAAGGCCUGCAAAAUGUUUUGUUUUAUUAUGUACAUGUAUUUACAUCAUCACCCACCUAAAUUAAAUCAUUAUUUAUAUUGCCAUUGUUAAUGUUAUUAUAUUAAAAUAUAUGUUCUUGACAUGUCUACAUACAGGAUUAAAUACUGAUUUUUAUUUUA